UUAGUUUCCAAUGGGAUUUGUGACAGCUGACACCACGUACAUUUAUCUAACUGACAGUUGUGUGUCAUUGCGAGUGCUGUGAGUCAGCGCUGCCAACACAAAAAUCAAAUGCACAAAACUUACGUUGAACGGCAUAACGGACCGAUGGCAUGGGUGCAGAAAUUAUGCGCUCGCCUCUCACUUUAUCACAGACUUGCGAAUCGAAUUACACGUGCUUUGUAUUUGUAUCGUUUUUGCUAUUUUUUCUGUAUUCGAUUUUUAUGUGAAUUUUUUUUUUUUGUUGCGUCGCGUCUUUUAAUUGAUUCUCACGAUUCAAUUUUGAUAAAUAAUUGGAAAUAUCUGCCGACUGAUUUCGAUUUGGGUGUUAUUAAUCGGAACAAAUAUGCGAUAUCAUAAUUUGGAGCUGGACAUGCUACUGCGUGGUAUGGUGAUGACACGUGGCGAAAAUGGAGCAACAAUCAGCGAAAUGCGGUCCGACUAUUACAAAAUCUAUGGUGAGCAAUGGCCAUUGCAACACGAAAGUACUCGAAAAAUUAUUCAAUAUCUGAUGGAAAUCGAUGGAUUGAUACUGAACCAGCACGAAGAUGGUUUAUGCAUUUGGUACAUCGAUGACAUUGGAAUUAACGUCAGCGAACAUGAUUCCAACAACAAUGUUAUCAUGAUUGACACAACGGUGGUCACGGAAUCGGAGAAGAAUCAGCCGGUGCACAACAACAGCUAUGCCCUUCCUGCACCGCGCUGUCGCAUGAUAACCUCAUCACUUGUAAGAGAGAAUGCUCAAGAGGUUUCAUCCACAUCAACAUCAUCCGAUACAUUACUUAUCGAAUCAAUCGACAAUGGACAUCUCAAACGGAAUCUAUCGCAACUCAGCCAAUCUCACCAAUCCAUGGAGAAGCGGAAGAGAUUGAUGCCACCAAACGGACUGCGCCUAAACGAAGAGAAUCUCGAUAUUCACAAUCGUGAAAAUGGAACAGGCGAAAUGGUGAAGCAGACAACAUCGACCGAAAUUGAAAAAUCCAUUUCGAUUCCAAACGAUGUGAUCGAUGGAUGCAUCGCCGCAAAUGACUACAUUGCACCGAUCAAAGAGCCCGAAAGCAAACAAUUGCAACAAUCAUUUGCGAAGCGAUGCCGAAUCAAUUCAAAACACGAUUUCAUCCUAGUGGAUUCGGUGGAGUCGACCAUGUCAUUGGAAGAACAAUUGUUUCCGCCGAGCGUUAGUAUCAUCGGAGAUGAUUAUAUGCGUUCGCUUAUCAGUUUUGAGCUAUACGGUGCAGAUUUUACCAAUGAAAAUGACAAGCGAUUUGAAUAUUGUAUUAGCGGUCAAACCGUGCGAGAAGCAUAUCAUUUGGUUCUUGACAAACAGAACCGGCUUACGAGUCAAUGUCGCUAUUUAAUUGUGAAUGUGGGUGCGAUUGAUGUUUUGCUUCAGCGAAAUUUUAUCGAUAUAAUCUCUGAAUAUGCACGUUUAAUAAGAGCUAUAUUAACGAUUGGCUUAACGCCCAUAAUAACAACCAUCCCAAAUCUGUGGAUCAACAGCAACAAUCCAAACUACAAAACCAUCUAUCAAACGUUGCUGUUGUUUAAUCAGUUCCUUUUGAGUCAAUACGGAGAUGGAUACAAACUGUUGGACUUGCACUCAUGUUUUUCAGAUCACAGAAAGCAUUUUCCCAGCAUAUAUUACCAUAACCAUCCGAAAGUGAUAUCGAAGGGUGAUAAGAAGCUAGAGCUUUGGCGCUGGACGGAACUCGGCCGAAAGAAGAUUCUCGACAAAAUCAAUUUGUCACUUCACACACUCACGGACGUCCAGUGAAUCUGAUUUGCCCACUUUUUCGAAAAAAUCAUGAAGAAUUUUACAAAUUACUGCUUGAUAAUCCCAUAUUCUGACGCUAAAAUGUAG